ACAAUUUCCUUUCUGUAACACACACGCUACAAGAUCACACCGGGAAAACGGAGAGAGGAAAGAAAAUUAUAGGCGAGAACGAGAGAGAGGAAGGAAACACCGCAACACCACCGUCGGUUUGGUUGUUGUUUUUUUGGGGUUGAAAUCGUAUCUCCUUUUCACGCAGACUUGCGGACUAACAUGGGGGGAAGAGAGAGCUCCUGACGCGGAUUGACUUUCAGUGAACCUCUGCUCUUUGGUGCAAGUCUGUGGCUAAUAGACGGGGAGGAAAAAGGCGACAGCGAAGACAUGUUGAGAUUUCUUUCGUCUUGAGGUUGCCGUAUGAUGUUGAUGUUGUGCUCUUAAAAAAACAGACGGCUCCUCGUAGAGAAACAAGACGAGGCCAAAUGGAAAUUGGGCGGUAGGUUAUGCUCACGAGCCAUUGUUUUAAUCCGUGUUUAUUUAAUUGGCGUGUUAUGAUCUGAAAUAACGUAGGCCUCUUAGGCAGCCCUGCAUACACGGUCAGCAAACGGGAUACAAAGCUGCUGGUAUUUUAGGGGGACAUGUUUGGAUUGAGACACUGUAUUGCAGUAAGGUAAAAACUGCGUUUACGAGCUUUUUGUUUUUUUAAACAAACGCGGUGGAUAGAUUACAUUGUUAAACCAGAGAGACAAAACAGUUCAACUCUUCAGGGGGUACAAAGGCCCAGUAGAGAAUACAGUAGAGGCUCAUUUGCAGAAUUAUUGGACCAUUUUAUCUGCAGUGGAACACCGUCCACAGACUGACUUUAAGCACAAAGGUGCACAGGAUUAGGCAGUCUAUUUCACCCCCAGUUUAGCAAAAGACAGGGGACAAAAUAAGAUUUUUAAAUGUUAAUGUCUACCGACGUUGCAUCCAUCAUGCUGCCUGUAUCCCGGGGUCUCAUGGACCGGGAUAGAGAGCUGGACCCCAUGGCCGGGGUGCACCCUAACGUGGGCGGGCCUGCUGCGGUUGUCCGGGGCAUGAAGCGCGGAGACCCGGAGCCCGACGGACUGACAGCGGCUGCUCUGGUGGACUCUACCGGGGCGGAGUGCAAGCGUCCCCGGAUCGACGGUUCGGGAGGGAUCGGCGAGAUUGGCCAGAACAACGACCCUUUGACCCUUGGCUACCAUGGCUACCCAUCUCUUAGUCAGGGCGCUCAGGAUAAUGCUGGCGGUCAGGAGGGCCUCGUACCCCCUCCUUUCUCUGCCUUCCCUCCACCUCCACCGCCGCCCCCCCAGAACGGCCUGGCCCUGGAUUACGGGGGCAGCCUGUAUGCAGCGGGGGCCGUCCAGGGCCCCGUGGAACUCGGUGGAGCAGUGAACAGUGCCGCCAACGCUGCCAGCCUCAGUGUCCAACAGUCAGAUGGGUCCUCCCAGAUUGACGGUCAGUCGGGUGUUGGCUCAGGAGGUGGAGGGAGCAUCGGGGACGAUACAGACGCCAAGGGGUCGCCCAAACGCCUCCACGUGUCCAACAUCCCCUUCCGCUUCAGAGACCCCGACCUACGGCAGAUGUUUGGUCAAUACGGCAAAAUCCUUGAUGUCGAGAUCAUUUUCAAUGAAAGAGGAUCCAAGGGUUUUGGUUUUGUAACUUUCGAGACGAGUGCAGAUGCAGAGAGGGCCAGGGAGAAGCUUCACGGUACGCUGGUGGAAGGACGUAAAAUCGAGGUGAAUAAUGCCACAGCCAGAGUGAUGACAAACAAGAAGAUGGCGACCCCGUACUCUAACGGAGAGGGCCUCGCUACUCUGCCAUACGGUAAUGCAAUCUUUACAAUCUGUUUUGAUAAAUUGUGA